AUGAAGCUCUCCGUCCUUCUUUUCCUUUUCGCAUUCUUGGCUUUGUCGAUGGCUCAUUAUGCCAAAUAUCCCCAAGAGCUGAAAGCCAACUAUCCCAAGGGUUAUCCCGACAUCGUUUAUCCCGGACAACCCCAAGAUCUGAAAGCCAACUAUCCCAAGUAUGCCAAAUAUCCCCAAGAUCUGAAAGCCAAAUAUCCAAAGGAUUAUCCAAAAGGUCAAAAAUGUGCAUAUGGCAUGCGCUACGAGUAUGUAUGCGGUGACCCGUCUUGUUCUUGGGAGUGCGUCUCCAUCUACAAC